AUGCGGUCACUGAUCUUCUUUCUCUUUUGCGUUGCUGCUGCAGCAGCUGCACUGCACAGGGUCCCUUUGCACAAAAGUCCCAAAACGAGAACCUUAGCUGACCUCAGGAAGACCAGAGCCUUUAUAACAAACCGCUAUUCAGAUUCGAAGGCCAAUGAUGAUUCCCUUGAUCUUGACAAUUAUCAGGAUGCCCAGUACUACGGCCCCAUCAACAUCGGAACUCCUGGACAGUACUUCAAGGUAAUAUUCGACACCGGAUCGUCCAAUCUGUGGGUCCCCUCCGAGAAAUGUUUCAUCUUAUCUCUAGCGUGUCGAACCCACAACCGUUAUGAUUCGACCAAGACCUCAACUUACAAACCGAAUGGCACAGACUUCCACAUUCAGUAUGGCUCUGGGGCUCUUUCAGGAUUCUUAUCUAGCGACACCGUCACCGUCGGCACCACAUCAGUAGUGGACCAGACAUUCGCUGAGGCUACUAACGAACCAGGCUUGGCAUUCGUCGCAGGGAAGUUCGAUGGCAUCAUGGGCAUGGCAUUCACCGACAUCUCUGUGAUGGGUAUCCCGACCGUCUUCGACACCAUGAUUGAUCAGGGAGUGGUUGACGAACCCAUCUUCUCCUUCUUCCUCAACCACGACUUGUCCGGCGAAGUCGGUGGCGAGCUGGUCUUGGGAGGAUCUGACCCAGCCCACUACGAAGGGGAAUUCCAUUACGUGCCUGUCUCCAGGGUUGGAUAUUGGCAGCUGACAGCCGACGCGAUUAAGGUCGGCGGUGUUACUAAAGAGUUCUGCAACCCUUGUGAGUCUAUUGUGGAUACUGGUACGUCACUCAUUGCUGGUCCCAAGGCUGAUGUUAAGUCAAUUAUGCACGACCUUGGAGCCUUCCCCCUCUUUGGAGGGGAAUACAUCAUCAACUGCAACAAAGUUGAAUCUAUGCCAAUCGUAUCUUUCACCCUCGGUGGCCGGGACUACGAAUUAACUGGACCCGAAUUAGUCAUUGAGAACGUUGAUGAAGCAACUGGGAAGAGAACGUGCAUCGUAGGGAUUCUCGGAAUCGACCUGGGAGUCGACCUUUGGAUCCUCGGCGAUCCCUUCAUCGCUCGAUACUACACUGAAUUCGACGUAGGAAACAAGCGCAUGGGUUUCGCCAAGUCCCUUGCUUAGAAUCAACACUAACUUCAAACAAGCAUUAUCACAUGAUUUGAGAGAUUUCGAAGUCUGAAUUAGUUUAUAAAGACGAUUAAAUCUUAAAAAAAA